AUGCCUCUCAAAGUCCUGCCAGCUACCGAAGUCGAUGCUUAUAGAGCUGCGGCCAUUGAGACCGUCGCCUAUGGCCCGAGUCCAGUAAGCGCAGUGUUGUUUCCAGGAGGGAGAGCUUCUGAGUCCUCAACAAGAGUCGCGGAUCUUAUUGCUUCUCUCCGGAAGGACGCGGCCUGUCGAUGGGCUAAAGUCAUUGAUACUGAUAUAGACAAAGAGGAAGACCAGAUGAUUGCCUUUGCUGUGUGGUAUAUCUGGGAGACUCCACCAACAGAGGAGCAACAUUAUUUCCCUUCUUAUCGGGGACCGAGCUGUAAUGCGGAAGCAUGCGAACUCUUCUUCGGAGGCAUGGACAAUAUGAGGGUGAACUACAUGAAAGGAAAGCCAUAUGUUUACCCGAAGCACCACAGACGUGGAGCAGCCUCCCUGUUGCUCAAUUUGGGCCUUGUGGAAGCUGAUCGUCUGGGCGUUCCAGCAUGUUUAGAAUCUUCAGUGCAAGGACGAAAGCUUUAUGAGAAAUUUGGCUUCGAGGAAGUUGAUAGCCAUAAGUCUGACUUUUCAAGCUGGGGUGGUCCAUCAGAUGUCACAGUUCCUCUGAUGAUCCGCCCUGUUGGAGGUCGGCCAAUUAAUAAAUAG